GAAGUUGCCUCUCCGGCAGUCAGCUGCCACCCAGAGGUGUGCGGUAGCUGCAGACCCUUCAGGUAGAGCCAUCCGGCCGGGGGAGGACGUCCACAGAGCCGCCGUCUGUAAUGGAGAGCAACGGCAGCGUGUGCGCGACCGUAGGGAGUCGCCUGCACGACUCCUCCGAGUCGGACUCGGAGCCGGAUGGGGGUCCUGCCCGGCCGGCGGGUGUAGACCCCUCGCCCGGUUCCUUCGCACGCACCCAAGUAAUCCACAGCGGACACUUCAUGGUGUCAUCGCCGCACAGCGACUCUGCGGCGCGCCACAACAAGAGCGGCGGCUCUCUAAGAUAUGACUUUGACACGGUGAACAGGACCUGGUGCCAGACCUACCGGUACCACUCCGGUAGCCUAAGCAUCGACCCGACACUGACACGCCUUUUCGAGUGCAUGUCUCUGGCUUACAGUGGGAAAAUAGUGUCUCCCAAAUGGAAGUCUUUCAAGGGUCUGCGCUUGCUUUGGAGGGAUAAGAUCCGUCUGAACAAUGCAAUAUGGAGAGCUUGGUUCAUACAAUAUGUGGAGAAGAGGAAAAACCCGGUGUGUGGGUUUGUCACCCCGCUUGAAGGCUCCGAAGCAGAAGCUCAUCGAAAGCCUGAGGCAAUAAUUUUGGAAGGCAGCUACUGGAAGAGGCGGAUUGAAGUGGUGAUUAAGGAGUAUCACAAGUGGAGGAUUUAUUAUAAAAAAAGGCUCCAAAGGAAGAAGGAUGAUAUUCUGUCAAUGCUGCAAGAGGGUCAGAACAGCCAGGCCAAGCUGGACAGAUUUGCCAGUCAUUCCUAUCACCAACCUGAAGUUGCUCCAGUGGAAGCUCACAUGUUUGACCUGGAUUGCCUCCUCUCUGAUAUCUCCGACACUCUGUUCACGAUGACACAGAAACCCUGUCCCUGGACCAGCGACCGACACAACACAUACACAAGCAAUGCUGACAUGAUCCAGCCAGGCCUGACUCCACUGCAGCCCAGCAUGGAUGAUUUCAUGGACAUACCAGAUAUCUUUCUGAAUUAUCGAGGUCAGCUCACUGACCAGAGUAGUUUUGCAGACUGUCGCUACUUUGAAGGCCCACCCAUCACAGCUUAUGCUCCUCAUCCAUCUCCUGUUGUAACAGCCCCUGAGCUACUUAUUAAUCCCCAACUAAAUCAGCCAAGUCUGUCUUCUGAUGGUUUGCCCCAGCUGUCUACAUCCAGCCCACGCUCAGAACAUGCCAGGGCGAGCCAGGAUUGUGGAGAGUACCAUACACCCAGCACAGUGUCAGGAGCCAUGCCAUAUGGACAUCAGUCAUACCAUGAUGCAUCUGUUUCUACAGCAUACACCAGUAACACAGACCAACCGGUUUCUGCAAGUAUUCCCUUCCUGAACCCGCUGCCUUCUCACAAGUUUGGGUUCUACACAACGACCACUGUGACCCCCACUGUUAUCACUCACACGGCCUCCACCACCGGAGCCCAGGGCUCAGUGUACCCGGCUCAUACUUACGUUCCAGGGGUGGACCCAUACUCCCAGACCCACUGUUACCCGACCUCUGCAUCUGACCCGAUCCAUGUGGUACUGGGUCCUGUCACAGCGACCCAUUGCCUGUCUGUCCCAGAGCAGGUAGUCCUAACAGAGGUCAGAGGCAAACACAAGCACAAAACGGGAGGACUGCGAACAGUUGGGUCACCCCCUUUGCCUUCCAACCCUGAAUCCAGUGCCACCAUGCCUACGGGCUGCUUGGUUCAACUGCUUUCCUGCAGCACACAUGAAAGAAAAACGACACUUGGAUAUAAUAGCACCACUUUGAUGACAAGCAAAGAUCAGAGGUCCACAUCCAAAGGCUCUGUGCAGAUGGGAAGGGAACCCCAAGUUGGCGGAGCAGCCUCAACACUUCAUCAUGGACCUGGUUGGCCUAAACCGAUGACCCCUAUGCUUAGCCACAGUGGAUCCCAUGCCAGCUCCUCUAGAGGCUCAGCCAUGUCUGCUGUCCUUGCCAUGGGUCUACAAACAUCCCCACAUGCCCUGCUCAUUCCCAAGAAAGAGAAGCUAUCACCCGUUCCACUCUAUGCCACAGAAAUGAGCAGCUUGACUGGACAAGGAAAGGGGAAAUCUACCAAGCAAACAGAGACUAGGAGAAUCACUCACAUAUCUGCGGAGCAAAAGAGACGUUUCAACAUAAAACUGGGGUUUGACACUUUACAAAACCUUGUAACCACACUCAGCUCUCAGCCAAGUAUAAAGAUCAGCAAAGCCACGACCUUGCAGAAGACGGCAGAGUAUAUCAGCAAGAUGCAGCAGGAGAGAGCUCAACUGCAUGAGGAGGUUCAGCGACUCAGGGAGGAAAUACAGCACCUGAACUCUUCCAUCAAUGUUUGCCAGCAGCAGCUUCCAGCCACAGGUGUUCCCAUCACGCGGCAACGAUUUGACUACAUGAGGCAAAAGUUCAGAGAGUACGUCCGGGCUCAAACUUUACAAAACUGGAAGUUCUGGAUUGUAUCCUUAU